AUGAAGUUCUUCGUGAUAUUUAUAAGUGUAGUGGUGGUCGUGAGCUCAAACCCUAUAGCUCAGGAAGAUUCAGUGCUUCGUAUAGUUGCUGGCAACUUUGUGAACUGCAUGAAUAGUGAUUUGAGUUUGUGCCUGAAGGAACACGCACUCAAAGCGACUGAACGUCUUGGAACAGUUCGCAAGUUGGACAUCAUUGAUGGCAUUACUAUUUAUAACAACAAUCCAAAAGAAGGCAGGAGCUACGAAUCUCUAUCAACAGAUCCUGAGACCAGGAGCAAGCAGAUCACUGAGAGAUUAUGGGAGAGUACCACUGAUCUGUUGCAGAAAAGUGACCUAGAGUUCAGCUACACUGGUGCUGAUGAUGAGGAAGAUCAAAGCCGUGCUCUUGGAGAGGCUGUUGAAGAAGGCCGUGGAAAGAAGAAGAAGCAGCUGAAGAAGAAGCUCAAGCUCCUCAUUCCCCUCGCCAUUUUGGGUAAAAUUAAGGCGGUCGCACUUGUGGUCAUUGCCCUCUUGAUAAUCGCCGCCUCCGUAUUCAAACUUGCAGUCCUUGCCAAGAUCGCCUUCAUUGCUAAGGUCAUUGCCAUCAUCAAAGCUCUCAUCCUCGCCAAGAAACAUUCCCAAGAGGAGCACACGUGGGUGACUCAUGAAGAGCACCCCCACCCGGCCCCUAGCGGUUGGGAAGGUGGUUGGUCUAGAUCAAGAGAUGAAGCCAACAAUCUGGCCUAUUCCGCCUACAAGCAGUAA